AAUCCAAAUACCCAGUAAAACUGUUACAAGUCAAAUUCAAUAAAGAGCUGUAGAAAUCUUGAAAACUUUAGUUUCAAGAAGGCAAGACCAAUACUGGAAAAAAAUUUCAAAAAUAGUGUAGGCACCUUAUUAUACCGCAGAGAUGGGCUAUCGUCUUUCAAUCGGACCAUGCCCACUAUCGAUUCCAUAGGCCAGCAUUGCCACCACUAGCUGGCCGCUGUACCCAUCUCUAAACCAGCUGUUUUGGCGGCAACGAGUUUUGGCCCCAAUGAAAUAAUGUUUAUUUAAAUAGAACGCAGUUAGGACAUCGGCGCAAGAAUGACUCAAGAAAGCGCAGUGCACGAGGCGCUAAAAAGGCACUUCGGCCAUUCAAAAUUCAAAUCAGAGCUACAGGAAAAGGCAGUGAAGUGCGCUAUCAAAAAAAAACAGGAUGUCUAUGUGUCGAUGCCCACGGGCUCGGGUAAAUCCCUGUGCUUCCAGUUGCCAGGCUUGAUGUCCGAGAAUCAAAUAACAAUUGUUUUUUCACCGCUUUUGGCUUUGAUUAAGGAUCAAAUAGAUCAUUUGACCAAACUAAAGGUCCAGGCGGAUUCUUUGAACUCCAAGAUGAGCACCAAGGAAAGGGAUCGUGUUAUAAUGGAUUUGCGGGCCGUCAAAACGAACCUAAGGUUUCUCUAUAUCACCCCAGAACAGGCUGCUACCAAGUUUUUCCAGGAGCUGCUGCAAUCCCUUUAUAAACACAAAAAAUUGGCUUAUUUUGCGGUAGACGAGGCCCAUUGUGUCAGCCAAUGGGGACAUGACUUUAGGCCUGAUUACCUGAAACUGGGGGAGCUGCGCUCCAAAUACCCAGACAUCACCUGGUUGGCAUUGACGGCCACUGCUUCCAGAGAAGUCAAGGAGGACAUAUACAAGCAGUUACGCCUCCACCAGCCUGUGGCUCAGUUCACCACUCCCAGCUUCAGGAAAAACCUCUUCUACGACAUUGUCUUUAAGAACUCCAUUGAAGAUGACUUCCGGCACUUGGCAGACUUUGCCCGACAUUGUUUGGGCGAUCCCAAGGAGUUCAAGGAGCAACCUAAACCCCAAAGGGGUUGUGGAAUUGUAUAUUGUCGAACUCGGGAGCAGGUGGAACGUAUGGCCAUAGGAGUUACCAAGCAGGGAAUCGGAGCCGUGGCUUACCAUGCCGGAUUGAAGACAGCGGAACGCACCGAGGUCCAAGAAGCCUGGAUGCGGGGUGAUCAACCCAUUAUAUGCGCCACCAAUAGCUUCGGCAUGGGUGUGGAUAAACCGAGUGUGCGCUUCGUUAUCCACUGGGAUGUGCCGCAAAACGUGGCUGCAUAUUAUCAGGAAUCUGGUCGUGCCGGUCGCGAUGGCUUGCAGUCAUAUUGUAGAUUAUAUUACGGACGAGAAGAUGUCCGAAGUAUUCGGUUUUUGCUACAGAACGAUGCCCAUCGAGCGAGGGGUCGUGGCGAUAAGGAAUUACUGACGGAGAGGGCUAUAAAACAGUUCGAAAAGAUAACUGAAUUCUGCGAGCGAACAAGUUGCAGGCACAAACUUUUUUCUGAUUUUUUUGGAGAUCCUGCUCCGGAUUGUAAUGGUCAAUGUGAUGUCUGCAAGCGUCCUAAGAAAGCGGAGAAAGCACUUGAGAUGUUCCAUAGAUUGUGUAUGGAUGAUACGUUCAAGUCGCACAUUUCGCUGCAGGAUUGUUCAGAUUUAUAUGAGGGUGGCCGCCCCGGAAUUAAGCGGGCUGCACAGGAGUACGCAGAAGGUGAAUCCGGUUCAGACGACGAUUCCGGCCAGAGCCACUCCUCGAUGACCAAAAAAGCCAAAAGGGAAUCGGAAGACUUUAUAAAGCAGCAGUUCAAGCUACGAAAACAAAUCAGCGCAGCUCGGCAGCUGGAACAGGAAACUGCCACCCAAAUCUCUCGCAUUCGACAAGCAGAGGCUACUGAAAAGAAAAUCGCCGGACUUCAGUCAACACAUAGGGAGAAAUAUCUCACAGCCAUCAUUGAUGCACUGAAAGCCAAUGUGGAAAAGUGCAAAGAUGACGAAGAUCAGCAACCAAGAAGUGCACUAAAAUACAAUGACUAUGAAGCCAUUGCAGUGGAUAUGGAGUACGAGGUUUUCAGACAGCAUAAAGUGGCCAAUAUGUACCGACAUGCCUUAGUUAAACAGAUUUCCACCAUUAAACAACUCUCCGGGAAGACGCAAUUGAUGCCUCUUUUGCUGGAUUAUGUUCCCAAACCGGAAACGAGUAAUAAAGGUGUCUGGACUGGUGGAAGUGUGGCCUAUUUUGAGCGAAAACUAAAAGAACUGGAAGAACAGAGACCCCAAAGUCUCAAGGAGGUGCCAAAAGCCUUAAAAGAACGAAAGGGAUUCAAACAGGAGAAUAGCAAACAAACAUCGAUUUCCUCCUUUUUUAAAAAAGAGAUUAAAGAGGAACCAUCCGAUUCGUCCAAUGAAGAAGGUCCUAUUAUUAAAAAAGAGCAAGAAGAAAUUCAGAAUGAUAUAAGAGAAAAUGAUACUGAAGAAAGUUCUUCCAGUCAUGUUAAAGACGAACCCAUGGACCAAGAAAGUACUGAUCCUGAAAUUGAGCUCGAUCUUCAGCCAGAUAGCAUAAUUGGCGAAAGAAAAUUCAAAUUGAUGUCAAACGGCGAUGGCAGUUACGACACCCAUCGUAGGAAAAGAGUUUCUCACCAAAACCAACCCAAAGAGAUGGAGUCAAAAAAGACAAAGUCCAGCAUGGCGCACCUUUUUGGUUCCUUUAAAAGCGAGUCUGAAGAUGAGUCUGAUCCACCAUCACUUGGUUUCAAAACUGCUCGGCAAAUGCUCGAUGAAAGGAAAGAAAAAUUAGGCAGCACAACUGAGGUAAUUGGCCUAAAGGAAGAUGAGGAGAAGGAUAAGUCAGAAAAUAUUGGCUUUAUGUCAGCCAGAGAAAUGUUAGAGAGAAAUAAACUUAAGGAAGAGGAGAAAAAGGAAAAGUUAAGUUACAAACCUGAAACACUAGGUUUCAUUUCAGCCAGAGAAAUGUUGGAAAAAAACAAACUCAAAGAAAAGAGUUUGGACAAAAGAGAUGUUAAGGAAAAUAAGUUAGACAGUAAGGAACUAAAGGACGAAGAUAUAAUGGAAUCUGCGAGAAAGGAAGACCGUGACAGAAAAUCUCAAAAAGAAAUGCCAAGAGAGGCCAAAUCUGACAAGGACAAACUAAAGGAUUCGAAAAAAGAAUUGGAGAGGCAUCUUAAAGAUAUAUCAUCCCGAAGAAAAGACCUAAAAGAAGCUGAUUUGAAAAGAGAAAAAGAGCCAUCGUCUAAGGACUCCUCAUCUCAGAAGAAUGAAUUGAAAGAAUCUGACUCAAAGAGAAGUUCGCAAAAGGACGCCAAGCCAGAAAAGAACCAGCAAAAAAACGAUGUAAGCAAAAAUGUAGUGCAGUGGCUAAAUCCCUACUACAAACGAAAAAUAGCCACCAAGGAACUUUUUAAAGCUCUGGCCAAAUUGCUUACUCAACGUAUUUGUGAUGGAAGUUUGGGUGACGGCGAUGCUGGAAAGUGCUACAUCAAGGAAACUUUCCAUGGUCUGCAGAUGAUCAACAACGAUCAGGACAUUGAGAAAUAUUUCAUCAAGUCCAAGUGACUUCAACGAGUUCUAUCCACCAGCAGCAUAAUUUCAUCACAACGAAUUGUUUCGCCUUGUUAACAGAUAAUUAAUUUUUUUUUCGUUAAUUUUUCGAUUUGUAUAUAAUAAGCACCUAAAUUAUCGAUAACACAUACAAAAUAUAUAUUUUUCAUUUCAUCUGUUUCAGUAGUAAUCAGAAA